GGCUUUUUCAGUCGCAUUCGCAGUUUUGUGUUGUGUAAAGAGGGUUUUGGGGUCGAGAGAGAGAGAGAAGAGAGAUGGACGACUACACGAGGGAGAUGAUGGACCUGAAAACCCUUGUUACUCGAACGCUUGAGAAGAAGGGCGUUCUCGCCAAGAUCAGGGCUGAGCUUAGGGCAAGUGUGUUUGAAGCUAUUGAGGAUGAGGAUCGGGCAACUGAAAAUGAAGAUGGUGUAUUGCCUGCAUUACUUGGAAGUUGCAAUGACCGUGCCAAGCAACUACAUGCUUCUCCAUCAGGGAGGCUGCUAACGGCACUAAUAUGUGAAUACUUGGACUGGGCCCAACUAGGCCACACUCUUAAAGUUUAUUUGCCCGAGUGUAAUUUGCAAAAGGAUUUCUGGAAAGCUGAAUUGAGAGAUUUUAGUAGCAAAAAUGGUUAUGAUCUAAACAGGAAUGGGGAAAAUGCUCCUCUUCUUUUGGAUGUUCUUGAAGGAUUUUUAAAAUUUGAGAAUUUAUCUCAAACAAGGGGGGCUGGAAGAAGAAUGAUAUCCCCAGAAACCGAGUCUUUAUCCAAUGUGGACCCUAGGAACAUCCGUCGACCAUCGUCAUCAUCUGUUGCUGGUGGUUUGCCACCAUUAGGAAGGCCUGUUCCUGUUUCCCAGGCAUCUGAUCGGAGAACAGGCUCGUCCGUGCCUGGAUUUAGGAAGGAUGAAUGCAGUUGGAGAUAUGACAGUGAUGAACUUUCUGAAGAUGUGAUUCGAGCUUCAAGCGCCUUAGAAAAUAUUCAGCUGGACAGAAAGGCCCGCAAUCUAACCACAUCUUGGCGUAAAGCAGGAGAGAGUGAGCUAGUUAAUGUUUAGUGUGAGCUAGUGCAUGCCUAGUAAGGGGGAGCAGGUGCACAAAGCAGGAGCAGCACAUUGAUUAAAAGGUCUCUCCAACUAAGGCCAUAUGCAUUUUGCUCGUAUAGGUGCAUCAGGGAACACAUCCUGGUGCGUAAGGAACUGUUUAUAUUGAUGAACUUCGUACUUGACACUAUUAUUUGAUCAAAAUCAACUGAAGUACCUGUGACUGGAGAUUUCUUGAUUUUGAGAAAGGGUUCUUGUUAUGUACCUAAAAUGAUAGAAAUGUCCCUGAUUUGACACGGUUGAUUAAAUGCAUCUGAUUCUUGAGAAAUGAAAAUCAUGCUUGGGUUCUCUUCCAAUUGUGAGGUGACCGGAUCAUGCAUGAAACCUUAACAUCUGAUAUGAUCAGCGUUAUAUUAGAAGCAUCCAAAAUCUCCAGUCUCGAUAUCCGCCAAGACUACAUUUUGUGUUCACAGCCUUUUUCUAGGUGGCGAUAUUCAUCCACCAUACAUGUGGUAUACAUGUUUGUCAAUCCACUCCAAAUUGUAUGGUCAAUUGUGGAUAGGGCAGAGCCUACAAAUCACACUGCUUGAAUGAACAUAAUACGGUUGGCUGUGUUGUAUGGUCAGAUUUACCAAACCCCACGAAAUUGUAUUUGUGGAUUCUACAAAAUAUUUUAAUUAACUUUAAAAAUACAUGCUUUAUAAGUAGAAAU